AUGUUGAACACUUCGUAUCAGUUUCCCAAAGAUGUUGCAAGAUACGACGUGGCAGAUGCUGUCAAUGAGCAACUUCAAGCUACCUUUUUGAAUUCAAAGGUUCAACAUGAGCCCGGUUCAAGAUAUCAACACCAAGAGGGAAUCAACUCAUCACCAGAGAGAAAAAAUUCAGUCUUUUCAUCUGCUGAUAUAUCUACCACAUCGUCACCUACUUCUCCGAAGUCUAAAGCCAAUUCUCAAUUUGCUAGAGACUCUGUCGACAGUUCUAUCUACCCGAGGAAACCGAUACAUAGGAGAUCUAAUACAGAGGUAUCAUCCAAUGAUUCCGAAAAAGAUUUCAGUUUGGACUCCCUUUUUAAAGCACAGUAUCGGGAUACAAAGCUGAAACCCUCCCCAUUUCAAGCUUCUAGUGGUAGGAAUUCUGUACCGGUUUACAGAAGGACGACUCUUGAUGCGCCAACCACAGUGACAAUAGACAUAGAGGAAAUGACAAAAGGAUUAUGCGAGGAUGCUGCUGGAGACGAUUCAAAGUUUAGUUUAGAAAGGUCCUCCAUUUAUGCUGAUAGAAUACUAGAUACCCGUGAACUUUGUCUCAGGAGAUCCGCAUCAGACGAAGGAUGUUCCGACCUGCAAAUAAUCGAAGAAGAGACCCCUAGGCCGUACGACAGUCAGUUAGUAGAUAUUUAUACCAUUCUGCGAGAAGGUCCCCCAGUAUAG